GCCAUACCCUGUGUAGGUAACCAAACAGAUAGGCAGCUGGUUGCGCUCUCGGAGAUUUCACCGAAAUACAUACAUACAUCAUGGUGCGGCCCACGGAGCAUCGCUACUGACAAGUGACAAGGCGCACGUGGGUAUUGCAUCUCGCCGGUUUUAUUCGCCCUGGGUAGAACCUGAUGGACGGAGUGGAUUUUAAAUAUACGACAUAGGGGACUCAGCUGGGUGUUUCGCGCGGCGUAAAACGCUCUCGAGGAGCGACCAGCCAACCACAGGCGGAGGCUUUAGUUUAUUAUCUAUGUGGGCGUUCGUGAGAGCUCGACGUGCUCGACCAAAAAACUCAAAGAAGUGCCCAAAUCGCUGAGGGGACUAGUGAAGAGUGAGAAAGGCGUAGCAGCUUCGGCAGAUAGAGAUCAAACGCACCAGCCUCUCCUCGCCGUGGUUCAGGCAAAGCGGCACAAGCCCAAACACCAAAAGCAGCCCAACGUGUCGCUUGUAUUGCCAAUGUAUUGGUGAUGUUUCGAUAAUAUCCCCAAUGUUUUAAAUAUCGACAAUAUCAACUGAUAUAUCCCAUAUCUUGUAUCCCACCUGUGCGAUACGAAAUGCACAGACAGGUCAAGAAACAUGGGAAGCCGGCUAACAUUGCUCAGUUUCAUCCUCAGCUCGAUUCUUUGGGCUUGAAAAUUAUUCAAGUGACUGCAGAUGGCAAUUGUUUCUUUAGGGCUCUAGCUGAUCAAUUGGAAGGGAAUGAAGAAGAACAUGGAAAGUAUCGACAUAUGGUGGUACAAUAUAUUAUGAAGCACCGCCAAGAGUUUGAGCCUUUUAUUGAAGAUGAUGUUCCGUUUGAUGAGUACUGCAAGUCUAUGGAAAAGGAUGGCACAUGGGCAGGAAAUAUGGAAUUGCAAGCAGCUUCCCUUGUCACCCGCAGCAAUAUCUGUAUUCAUCGAGUUAUGUCACCGCGCUGGUACAUACGAAAUUUUGAUAGCCGUGGAACUUGUAUGAUCCAUUUAUCAUACCAUGAUGGGGAACAUUACAAUAGCAUUCGGUUAAAGGAAGAUCCUGGUAAUGGACCAGCUAGGCAAAUUGUUAUUAAGGCGGAUGUUGAUCUUUCUGCUACACCCCGUCAAUCAAAUGUUACAAUUACCAAAUCUAAAGCUACUUCAAGUCAAAACAUGAUUGAUGCGGCAGCAGUUAAAAUAGUCAUGGCUGGAACUGGAUGUGAAAAUGGGAGCAAAGUGGAACAGGUUUUACAAGAAUUAGAUGGUGACAUUGAUGCUGCAAUAGAAACUCUGAGAGCUGGAGUUGGAACAGAUGAAGAUUUAGUUGAACACGAUGAGUUUCCUGAUGAAAAUGUUGCUAAUAACGGUCAUUAUGAAAAUGGGGACUAUGAAGAUCCUGAGGCACCUCAACAAAGCAAGAUACCUGACCCCAAUAGAGCUAGUGAUGACUUACAAAUUCAUGAUGAUGAUAGUUCUCAACCUGAUGAUAAGAAAAUCCCUAGAAAUAAGGCAUGCCCGUGCGGUUCAAAAAAGAAAUACAAGGCUUGUUGUGGUACAAGAACAAGGAAAUCCUCUCCGGAGCCUGUAAUCACUGAAGUGGUACAGAUACUAUCCAACAUGCUUUUAUUCACGAGAACUGCUAGGGUGACGCACGGGAGGGUGGAGAUGGUAGAAACAUGCCAACAUGGCACUCUGUAUGAGAUCUGGGCAAUUCAACAGGUGGGUGCUGCUGUAAACAUGCCCUGUUCCAAAAAUCAAUCCAGCCCAGUCAUCAGGUGGGCCACGUGUAUGAGAAGCAUGGAGGGUUGGGAAAAACAUGACAGAAGAUCUAUAUUCAACAUUCACGCGUUGCCCACCUGAUGACUUGACCUUCUUGAUUUUUGGCCACGGGUUUGUUCAUGGUGGCCCCACCCUGAUGUUUGGCCUGAAUCCCACGUCCCCCAUGUUAGCACAUGUGUAGAAAGGAAGUUACCAUUAGCAAGGGUAAGAAGGGGAGAAAGCAGAACAGAGUUGGUGGACCGGCGAAGAGUGCACCUUCUCAAGGUCCUAAAGCAGAUCCGCCGGACAUGGGGGCACUUUGUAUCUGAG